AUGUUCAAGAAAUAUAAAAACCAGGACCUGGAUGUGGGAUUUUGGUGGAAGAAAUCACCAAAGACGCCCUCCGAUUACGUUAAGUUGCUAACCGAACAACUAACUAAGAUAUCGUCCUUAUCUUCCGCAACAGAUGUGAAAAAGAAAGGUCAAGAAGAUUGUUCCAAGUAUUUAAUUGGAUUAAAACACUUUAUAUUAGGUGAUACCGAACCGCGUCCCACCACAGAAGCCAUUGAUGAGCUGUAUAUGGCCAUACUCCGCAGUGAUCUGUUUUUUCAUCUAUUAUCCCAUUUCCAAGAUCUGGAAUUUGAGGCUAGAAAAGAAGUUAUGCUUAUCUUUGCAAUUUGUUUGAAUUAUUCUAAAGAUAAUAAAUUAGUGGCGGUUGAUUACUUUAUAUCUCAACCAAGAACAAUCAAUUUAAUGUUGAGAACAGUGGAAUUAUCACUACAGCAAAAUGGGUCACAAGAUAUAUUCUUAGUUACAGGGAACAUGAUAUUAGAAUGUAUCAAAUAUGAACAAUUGUGUAGAAUUAUCUUAAAGGAUCCUCAAUUAUGGAAAUUUUUUGAUUUUGCCAGACUGGCAAAUUUCGAAAUGAGUACUGAAUCUUUACAAAUAAUAAAUUCUGCCUUUACUACUCAUGUGAAACUAGUUGCCAAGGAAUUCUUCAUUAAUUCAAAUAAUGUUGCGAAAUUUAUCAAAUACAUCAAUAGAUUAAUGACUCAUGGAAGUUAUGUGACGAAAAGACAAAGUACAAAACUACUAGCUUCUUUAGUAGUUAUGAGAUCUCAGAACUUACUUAUGAACGCAUAUAUAAACCAACCAGAAAAUCUAAAAAUUAUAAUGACUUUAAUGACAGAUAAAUCCAAAAAUUUGCAGUUUGACGCAUUCAAUAUAUUUAAAGUUAUGAUGGCCAAUCCAAAGAAACAAAAACCGAUCCAAGACAUACUAAUGAAAAAUAGAGAAAAAUUGUUAAUGUAUUUUGAAACUUUUGGUCUAGACAUUCAGGAUCCAAUGUUUAUGAAUGAAAGGGCGUUUAUUAUCCAAGAAAUUGAAAAUAUACCAAGACUGGUCCAAUCUUCAAAUAGCGAGAAUAAUACUAUUAAUGCUAGUAAUGGCGGUAUUGGUAAUAAUUCCAAUAAUGGGUCAAAUCUUUCUAGUUCCAUGAAUAAUAUCAAUAAUACGAGUUCAUCUCCAGCAAAAUAUAGCAUGACUGCCUCGACAGAGACGACUCCAGGAGCACUAAGUAAAACGAACAGCAGCCACAGUAACCAUCGCUUACCAGGGUUCCAAGAAAUGAAGUAG